GAGAGAGGCAAGAUGGCGGCGCCGGGUCUCCCGACGCCGCUGCACGGACACGUGGGCCGAGGCGCCUUUAGCAAUGUGUACGAGCCAGCGGAGGAUACGUUCCUGCUGCUAGAUGCUCUCGAGGCGGCAGCGGCCGAGCUGAUGGGAGUGGAAAUAUGCCUUGAAGUAGGGUCAGGGUCUGGAGUGGUAUCUGCAUUUCUAGCCUCCAUGAUAGGCCCUCAGGCCUUGUACAUGUGCACAGAUAUCAACCCCACGGCGGCAGCUUGUACCCUGGAGACAGCACGCUGUAACCAAGUCCACAUCCAGCCAGUGGUUACAGACUUGGUCAAAGGCUUGCUACCAAGAUUGAAGGGAAAAGUUGAUCUUCUGGUGUUUAAUCCGCCCUAUGUGGUGACUCCACCUGAAGAGGUGGGAAGUCACGGAGUAGAGGCUGCCUGGGCGGGAGGCAGAAACGGUCGAGAAGUCAUGGACAGGUUCUUCCCGCUGGCUCCAGAUCUUCUGUCACCAAGAGGAUUAUUCUAUUUAGUUACCAUUAAAGAAAAUAAUCCAGAAGAAAUUUUGAAAACAAUGACAACCAAGGGUCUACAAGGGACUGUUGCACUUUCCAGGCAAGCAGGCCGAGAAGCCCUCUCAGUCCUGAAGUUCUCCAGGUCCUAACGUGCAGUGUGUUGUCCUGAAUGAAUCCAGAUACCACGUUUGUGAGGACACUAGAAGGGUCCAUGGAGACAUCCACACAGUGAGGGAGCAGUGUCCUGCCCACAGCCAUGUCAGUGAAUCAUUUGGAAGAGGAUCCUUGAACCCCAGUCAAGCCUCCACAUGAGGACUUCAGGCACAGCCACAUCCUGACCUCAAUUUCAUGAGUCCCAAUUCAGAACCACCCAGAAAAGCCAUCCUCAAAUUCCUGACCUACAAAAACGGUUAGACCAUACAUGUGUCUUGCAUGUGUGUUGUCUUAAACUGUUUGAAGGCACCUGGGUGGCUCAGUUGGUUGAGCGUCUGACUUUGGCUCAGGUCAUGAUCUUGCAGUUGGUGAGUUU